ACAAAAAUGUCGCAACCAAAUUCAAGAAAUAAUUCAAUAAACGAUGAAUGUACUCCUUUACUCAGUGCUUGUUCAUUACCUUCAAUGCUCAAUGAACCUUUGACCAAUGAACGACAUGAAGGAGAAGAUGAGGAAGUUGGAAGAGAAAAUAGCCCUUUUAUGCCUGAAAAUGAGGAAAGAAAUAUUUUGUCGUUUCAAGCUUCAACAUCUCAAUCUGUUGAACAAUUGAAUAGAAGUCCUCGAAGACGUAAUCGACAUUCUAAUAAGAGGAAUAGACGUCGUAGAAGGAUUUAUAGUGACACUGACUUAUCUAAAAUGCGCCCAUUAAUUCUCUCACCAUUUAUGCCUACCUUUGCAACCCAAAUUUCUGUUGAUGCUCAAAAUAGACGUCCAACAAAUACUAGUCUACAAGGUAUUCGGACAAUAUCAACAGCUCCUCAACAACCAACAUCAGCAACUGUAGUGCCUACAAAUAUUUUUUUACCAAAAAGUGGAGGUGACAAAUUAACUGUUAAAAAUGAGACGCGUAGUAAUCAAACAAGCAAGUAUGGCUCUGUUCCAGCAAUUAAAGUAAAUAAUGUUGUUACUGAACAAAUGUUGCAUCAAACAAUACAUGAAGGUGAAAUGGAAUCUGUUGAGUCUGAUGAUGAAGAUAAAAGUAGUAGCAGUAGUAGUGAAUCUUCUUCUUAUACUCGUUUUUCUGAAUUGACAAAAAAGCAAUUGGCAACCAUUGGAAUGUUAGCAGUAGCUAAUCUUUGCAGCACAAUAGCUUUUAGUUGUAUUGCGCCUUUUUAUCCUACGGAAGCUGAAUUUAAAGGUAUGAAUACCUCAGAGAUUGGACUUAUUUUUGGUAUUUUUGAGUUGGUUAUGUUUAUUACUGCACCUUUUCUUGGAAAAUAUAUGGCUUCUGUUGGCUCAAAAAGAAUGUUUAUAACUGGCCUUUUAAUAACAGGCAUUACAGCUAUUGGUUUUGGAACUUUAAAUCUUUUACCUGCCGGAAGAAUCUUCUUUUGGUCUUCUUUAGUUAUUAGAUGUCUUGAAGCUUUAGGUGAUGCUUGUUUCGUUACCUCUUCUUUUGCAAUAAGCGCAAAAUGCUUUCCUGGAAGAAUUGCGACGAUUGUUGGCAUAAUGGAAACUUUUGCUGGUCUAGGAUAUACAGCGGGUCCAAUAAUUGGAAGUGUCCUUUAUGAAUAUGGCGGGUUUCAACUACCUUUUUUCGUUCUUGGCGUUUUGUUAAUUUUUGCUACAGCUGUUUCUUAUUUUUUAAUUGAAAAUAUUGAUGACGAACCAACAGAAGAUGCAAUGGGAAUGCUUUCAAUGCUUCGAAUUCCUGUUAUUUGGUUAAUGGUUUUUGCUGUUAUUAUUUGUGCAAUAUCUUUAUCUUUCUUUGAUCCGACUUUAGCUGGACACCUUGCUCAGUUUAACUUAUCAACAAUAAUGGUUGGAUUUAUGUUUCUUCUUUGUGGAGGAUUUUAUUGUGUGACUGCCCCACUUUGGGGUUUUAUAUUAGAUCGUUGGCAUUGUUGCAAUUUAUUAAUGCUUUUUGGUUCUACAGCAACGAUUUUUGCAAUGCUUUUUGUUGGACCUUCUCCUUUUUUGGAUAUUGACAAAAAUCUCUUUUUAAUUGGUGUAUCUCUAGCAAUUUUGGGAAUUGCAGCAGGUGCUCUCUAUAUUCCAACAUUUCAAAAUUGUCUUGACGCUGUAAAGGAAAAUGGAUAUGAUGACUCAUUUCAAACAUACGGGUGUGUGUCUGGUGUUUUUCAAUCUGCAUUUGCCUUUGGAGCUUUUAUCGGUCCAACAUUAGGUGGCCUUUCUGUACAAACUUUUGGUUUUCCUUUAACAACAACUUUUAUUGCUGGGAUUAACCUUGUUUUUGUCUGUACUUUAUUAAUCUUUUUUUCUGUCAAACGAAUGUCAAAAAGAAGAGCUUCAUGUUCUGGUGUAUCGAGUGACAGGGAAAACAAUUUAAAUUCACUUUAA